GAGAGGAGGGUUAGCGGUCGUUAGGAUCGUCAGGAGUGUUAGUGACGCCACACGAGGAACACCAACAGGUAGUCAGCGCCGUCGACUCCCACCAGAUGAGCAGCCUUUUGGCCUCAAACGUGUGAAUGGUAAUUCCAAAUGAGUGAUUGACCUCCUGCGCCCUUAGAGAGAGCCUAAGAGCAACUUGGAGGGCAUAUCAGCAUCGCUCCACAACGUGCCCCCGUCGCCGUGCCACAGUCUCUUGUGGCAGGAGAAGCAAGAGGGGUAGCAGUGCCCCCUUUUGCUAAGCGGGGCGCAGUAAGUGGACGUCCCGUUAAAAAAAAAAAAGAAGAAGGAAUUAAGUUUGCCUGUUAACCUCGUUGUGUGUGUGAGUGAAAUAAAAGAAUAAAACAUAAAAAAAUAAUAAGUAUUUGGACCGAAAUUGUGAUAAAAGAUUAAACUUACUGACGUGCGUUUCUUGGAGAGUCGAAGAGAAGUGGAAACUCUCUCCUCGAGUGUCUUUCCAGCUUUCCAGUAAGUCUGGAACGUGGCUUAAUCAAGUGGUUUUGAUCGUUUUAUCUCGAAAAAAAAAAAGUUCAGUGCCGUUGCAACUCCCAUAUCGUCACCAUGGUUCUGCUGUGGACGCAACACGAAGGGGAGCGCCUCGAGCCUCAGCCCACUGACGGCGCCGCCGAGGUGGUGCCGGAGCACCUGAAGGCGGGGAACAAGAACGCCCUCAACCGCACGCCCGAGAACCUGAAGGGACAGCAGCUGCCGUCGCCUUCGACCACUUCGCCGGCGUCCCCGGUGCCCACCAUCAGGGUGGAAGAUCUGAGCAUGGGCAUCAUCUCCGAGAAACACGUGGUCACCCUCAAGCAGGUGUCGGACAUCAUCGAGAGGAACAAGGGUAGCGCCUACAUCACCCCUUCUGUCUCCCCCUCGACGUCCUCGUCCUUCUCCGGCUCCCCAUCGCCGCCCCUCCGUCCCGAACCGUCCUCUCCUCCUCUUCCUCCUCCUGGAAACGAAAUCGCCGAGGAGAUCUCCGUGGAGACACUCGAGGCCGCUGCCGUCGAAAAGCCCGCCCGCGUGGCCGUGGACAAGACUUCCACCCUCGGCGCCUCCGUCGGGAAGUACGAGGAGAAGGAGGACGAGAAGAAGAAGCGGUCUGGCAAGAGGAAAUUCUACACCCUUCCGAGGAACUGGCGGAGCAAGGCUGCGGACUUCAUCCUCACCAAAGGUUGCUGGAAGUGCUGCAAGCGGCAGUCAUCUGCCACGGAUGCCAGUAAGGCUCCUGCCGGCGGUGGCGCCGCCUUGCUGCCAUCUUCGUCUGUAGCCUCCCCGCCUUCCGGAAAGCCCUCCGGGAAGUCCCACCCUCCCCCCUCUGCAACCGCUACUGCUGCUGGUCUUUCUCAUUCUCCUUCUGCUGCUGUUGCUGUAGAGCCUUCGGGCAAGCCCCUUGGUCGCACUUCCUCUGCAGGCCCUUAUGCUCCUUCUGCUUCUGCUGUCCGUCCUGCUGGCGCCCCUACUUCUACUGUCUCUGCUACUGCUCUGCGGUCCUCCGUGGGCACUUCUUACUCCUCUGCUUAUCCUUCUACUCGCCCUCCUUCCUCCUCUGCUACUGCUACCCGGCCUAGUUCCGCCCUCGCAGCCUCCAGGGCGUCUCCGCCUUCCGCGGGCGUCGGUGCUGGUGGUGGUCGCCCUCCGAGUCGCCAGAGUGAACUCAGUGUUCCUCACGUGGCGACCCUGAGCGUCUCGCACCACACCAUCACCACCACCACCACAGCCGUGCCCACAACGCCCAUACGGUUACGGAAAACACUGUGUGAGGCGUGUGGAAAGAAGUGCUCCGGGGAAGUUCUGCGCGUGCAGGAGAAGUACUUCCAUAUCAACUGCUUCAAGUGUCACAGCUGCAAGAAGUCAUUAGCACAAGGAGGAUUCUUCACGAAAGAGAAAGACUAUUUCUGUACCGAAUGCUACCAAAAGAACUUUGGUCAACGAUGCGCCACCUGUGGCCUCUACGUCGAAGGGGAAGUUGUCUCUGCCCUCGGUAACACCUACCAUCAGAAAUGCUUCACUUGCGCACGAUGCAGACAGCCAUUCCCAACGGGUGAAAGGGUGACCUACACUGGCAGUGACUGCCUUUGCCAACGAUGCCUGCACAUACCCAUAGUAGAUUCCCAGUCACCCAGUCGGUCACCAACUGCCGGAGGGCCAAAAUGUGCAGGAUGCAAGGAGGAACUGGUAGAGGGCCAGGCAUUGAUUGCUCUGGAUCAACAGUGGCACAUUUGGUGCUUCAAGUGUGCUGCCUGCAAUACUGUCUUGCAUGGGGAAUAUAUGGGAAAGGAUGGCUUGCCAUAUUGUGAAAAGGACUAUCAGGCACAGUUUGGUGUCAAGUGUGCUUACUGUAAUCGAUUCAUCAGUGGUAAGGUGCUACAAGCUGGAGACAAUCAUCAUUUCCACCCGACUUGUGCACGCUGUACGAAAUGCGGUGAUCCAUUUGGGGAUGGAGAGGAGAUGUAUUUGCAAGGAACAGCAAUAUGGCAUCCUCGCUGUGGUCCAGGGCCCACUGAAAAUGGUACAGUUUUAAAUGGAUCUAUAUCUAAUGGUCAUCACGUAAACGGAGAUCAAAAAGUUGAACGAGAACGUGACUUUUGAUGGCUUGAGUUCUACAGCUUCAGAAACACAGGUGUUACAAAGAUGCCUUUUUCUCGUUCCCGCACGCCAAGUCUUAAUGGAUCCUUCCGCUCCUAUAGUCCCUAUAACAGCCUGAGCAGGAAGUUCUCGGGUCCUUAUCGCACAUGCUCGCCUGGUUUGAUAUUGCGCGAGUACAAAUCUUCACAAAGUCCUGUUGAUAUAACGCGUAUCUACACAUACUCAUAUCUUACUGCCGAACCUUCACAAGGUUAUCUCAAGCGUCCAUUGGACCCAUAUGACCGUCCUCCACCCAAAUCUCCACACUUCCACCGUCCGCCUCCUGAUUGUAGAAAACUGUCACUUCCCAAGACGAAUAGUAGAUUAGGCAUGCGAGUUUUAGUGGAUCAAAUGCAGACAGAAACACCUCGACCGAAGUCUCCUCAUAUGAAUAAUGAGGAACCUAUCGCACUAUCACAUUAUCCAGGAGGACGGAAACCGCCAAGUGGAGAUGUUUCACGAAUAGAAAGAGAUGAUUUCCCUGCACCUCCUUACCCUUAUACAGAUCCAGAACGACGGCGGAGAUGGUCAGGGAGUACGAAAGCUGUCAGCAUUGAUGAAACGGACGAAGCUACAGAAUUAGAAGAUGACGAAACCUUAAUGGAAGACCCGAAGUUGAAGAAGGAGGAAGUGGAACUUAGUAAAAUAGCAACUGGCAUUGGCAAAGUUUUCCUACAACAAGUAAAAGAGAGAGAAAAGAUUAGAGCAUGGAAGGCUACUCAUUUAGACCCACGAAAUGCUUCGCGUUCACCAGCAGCAGAUCGUGAACCAGGCAAUAAAUUGCGUUUUGGAACAUCUCUCAAUGCUUCACCUUCCCGAAUGACAGACCACAAUCGACCCUGGGGGCCAGAGGAUGAUGAAUUUGAUAGGGGCUCAUCGUAUCGAUGUUCUACUGGGCGAUCCUCUGCUACUAUACCUUCCUACAACGUUGUAUCAGCCCUCCGAGGGGAACCUAAACCGGGUUAUGGACUCAAGUCGUCCACUCUACCCGCAGCCGGACGCAAUGGUGGCUCUGCUGGAUUAAUCGGUGAUUACAGUUUCUCAGGCCUUGGUGAAAAAACGCAGAGCACAGAGUUCAGUAGUGCACGGUCAGAUGUUUCAGCAGGUUCGCUCACAGAUGCCGAUAGGAGCGCCUUGAACGCCGAGCUCUGUGCAUCAACAACAUAUAGUAGUGGUCUUCGUGGUUAUUCAUCAUACUCUCCCCACCUUCGACGCUCAUUGCCCAACAUGCACCAUAUGUCGUCAGAACCUCCAAAAAUUUACCCUGCACAUCUUCUGCUCGUAUCAAAUUAUCGAUUACCUAACGAUGUGGAUCGCUGUCAUUUGGAGCGCCACCUAUCUGACACAGACUUCGAAAUGGUAUUCCACAUGUCCCGUAUGGAUUUCUAUCGCCUUCCAGAGUGGAGGAGAAACGACUUAAAAAGAAGAGCUAAACUUUUUUAAGAGUAUCUUAUUUAUUUUUAUGAUUAUUUGUAAGGAGAGUGGUGUUUCAGAAUCAAUUAAAAUACCGCAUUAACAUUGUAUUCAGUAUGUGCACUUUUUGUCAAAAAGGCAAACUACAAAUCAAUUUCCAAAACAUAUACAGAAUUUAUAUACUUCCAGUUUUUAAUACUCGUUAUUUUGCAAUACCUUUUGCAUGAAACCAAAUAUUUCCAUCCUUUCAUUUCAUGAAUAUAUUCCAGCCCUACUGGUAACCUAGGGCUUUCCCAAGAAAGGCUUAAAAGAUGAACAAAAGCAAAUACCUGAAAAGAAGGUGCUUGAUGAAUUCCAUAUGGUGAAUAUAUAUAGUAGAAGAGAUGUGUAGUGUUUUAUAAUGUUGUUAGUUUUCAGUUAGGUUGAAAUCACUAGUAAUUUUUGUACCAUUAAUCUUGGGCAAAAUUUUGUCAGGGUAGGUUAUACAAUACUUUGUAACAUUUAACAUCUUGAGGUGACAGCUAUGCAAUUAUAAAUUUACAUUGGAGCAGAAGUACGUGUGGAUGGAAUUUGGUUGUGUAAUGGUUGAAAAACAAAUGCAGUAAAUAUUUUAAGCUUGUCACUUUACCCUGUUUCAUAACUUCUAGUCUUCUUUUUUAUUUUAACAGUAGUCCCAGUCCAUUAGUGGACUUCUCUUUCAUGGUUAUUACUAUUGUACAGCCACACUUUCCUGUUGCUUCAGUUUUGGUGCUCAUGUUGGGCAGUGAUCUAAUGUGACAUCAUGGGUUUUUGGCCUUCAAGACUACUGCUAUAAGUUUUAUUUUCUAUUGUCUGUAAAUAUGAAAAUCUUAUAGUUGUCGUUUUCAAAGCUCAAUAUCUAUGAUCCUAUUGCAAAAAAAAAAAAAAAUACAAAUCUUCAUUAAAACACCAAACGAGAUCUGUGACGAACAAAAAAAAAAAUUCGAAAGUAAAUCUAUGUAAAGAAAAUUUAUUCAUUUGUAAAUAGUGCCUCUUAGAGCUUAAAAUGUGGUGUAGUCAGUGACUGUGAUCCUUGGAUGAGAAUUUUGGUGGAAUAUAAAAUUUUGUUUUCAAGUUUCAUUAAAUUGAUGAUGUAUUUCCCUAUUGUGCAUCUUGUAAUUUAAGUUUCAGUUUUCCCCUUACCCUUUAUUAAUUAAAUAAAAUAAAAAUUUACAUUCAAUGUGUUAGUUAUCACAAGAGAUCUUUCAAUUUAACUGCAUCUGAGAACUCACAAUGUUGAUCACACCACAACAAAUAAGGUGGUAUAAAAGCCAUUUAAUGGACUAUUUUGCCCAAGGUGGGGGUAAUGUGAUUGUCUGUUAAUAAGACUCCUCUCUGUUCAUGUAGCAGUUUAUUGGCUAAGUCAUUGGUUGUCUUAACUGCAAAGCUUUUUAUAUAUAUAUAUUUUAUAUUGUAGCCUUUUUAUCAGAAGUAGUAUUAUAAAUAACAGUGUGGGGAAGAAUGAGUUUUGAGGUUGUAAAGAUGUACCAGCCAGUAAACAUUGUGUAACCAGUUAGCUUUCAUUUUUUAGAGAUGAAGACAUUUUUGUGUGAGUGUUCGUAUGUGUAUGCGCAGGUAUGGAAAAAAAAAUAUUGGAUAGUUAGGGAUUUAAUGCACUUGAUACAUUAUUUAAAGUUUUUACAUUUGGUGGACAUCUUUGUAGAUAAUCCUUUCAUGGUGCUCUUUAGAAUCCCUUUCCCUGAGUCCAGUAUGUUGUCAUAGUCAUUUGAAAUGUGAUCAUUUAUUUACUAGCUGUUGUGAACAAACUAUCAGAAAUUGUCAGUGGAUAUUUAGGAGUUUUUUAUCUAAAUUUCAGUAUGAAAGAUAAAUUUUUGCUAAUGUAUUUUACUUUGAAAUACUAAUCUUGUCAAGUCUAAGCAAAUUAAAAUUUCAUUGACUGAUGUCAAGCAGGUCUUCUUGAAUCUGUUUAUUAUAUGUACAAACUGUAAUCUUUAUCUUUGUAAUGGGAAUAAUUCUUAAUCUGUCGAAUCACACUAAAAGCAUUAAUCAUUGGUUUUUAGUUUAAGUAUAUGCAAGGUUUAUGAUUUAGUUUCUGUCUUGUGAUUUGAUAGUUCAGACAGCAAGUUGUAAAUAUAAAUUCUAGUAACGAGUAUGAUUAAUUUGAAAUGAAUUAAAAGAUUAUUAAAUUCAAGAGAUAGAGAAUCUUAAGAUUAAUUAAUCCAAAUGAUGGUAAAUCAUAAUAUCUUACUAUUAUUUAACUAAAUAUGCCAGCAAUAGUCUUGCUUAGCUAAUCACUGUUGAGCAUUUGGUAACCUAAAUGUCAGUACUUUUCAGCAGAAUGAAUUUCCAAUGUCGUUUUUUUCCUCAUUAACCAAAUUCAGUAGCACAACGUUUUACGUUCUUCCAGAUGUACGUGGUUUGUCUGUUCUAAUCACCCUUAUGGACAUUGUUCAUUGGGAGAUCUUUGUUAGAAUGUACUAAUAUGUAUUCUUUUACUCUCCGAUUACUUUGUGUGAAAUGCAGUCUUUUCAUUAACAUUUUCUCCUGUCAGUAUCUACUUGACAGAAAUGAAUAACAAAAUACAUCUCAGCUAUGAACAAGAUCCAUAAUGAAUUGCAUGUUAUUAACUGCUUGCUUUCCCUCCUUGGACGUAGAAAUUAACUUAAGGAUCACUGUUAAUAGUACUUUUAUAUUAACAUGGGCAAAGCGAGGGUGAUGGUAGAAGGUAGCAUUUUGUUAUGACAUAGGAAAUGUGCUUCCUGAAUUUUUUAAUUUAGAUUUUUAUAUAUUAAUUGCAAAAAAAUAAAAUGUUUUAAUUGCCAACCUUAUGCCACACUUUUGGCUCCCAGAUAAACUGCAUUGUGCUUUUUUAGGAUCUUACUGUUGUUAGUGAUUAGUAUAUUCAUGAAGACCUGCAAGACCUGGGUGAUGAGACAAGUGGUGUUUAGUUUUAAUUUCUAUUGUAAAAGGUACUUUACAUGUAAAUAGACUGGCAGAGAUAGAUCAAAACACAACGCAAGUGUCUUGAUUUUCUUCAGAACUUUAAUGUGUCCUAUCCAACUUAAUGUUUUUGUUGUUCAAUAUAUUAUAUAUAUAUUCAAUAUAUUAUAUUUUUGUCAUGUCUUAAUAUUUGUAUAAUUUCAUUAUUAGUGUAGUAUAAUAACUGUUAGAUGUUCCUUUUUAUAUGAUUUAGUCUGGCUGCUAUAUCAUUUACCCUUGUCAGUGAAUAAACUUGAAGAACUGGAAAAUGGAAGACUUUCAAACAUCUUUUGACAUUAUUCACUAUAACAGUAAACCUUAAGGUUGAAUGAAUAUAGAGAUAAUAUAUUUUAGUUAAUUCAAAAUGUUUAUAGAUUAAGAACUCAAAACUCAGGUGAAUAAUAUUUUUUAUAAGUACAUUUAUUUUUCCAUUGUCCAGUGACAUGCUCCAGUUUACAUUACUCAAAGAUAAUGCAGAAAGACAGAUCUCUAUGAAUUGUGUUAUAAUUAGGAUAACACAGGUUUUAACAUCAUCCACUUUGUGUACCAGGUGUAAGAUGGUUUUAAUAGUUUUUUCUUUUUUUUCAUCACCAUUGUAUCAUCAUUAGUUCUGUGCUUGUUUGGGAAAUUGUAUGAGUGGCAAGGAUUUGGACCAAGUUUUCUUUCAACAAAUACAGACUGUCCAUCAGAAAAUGGUUAUGUAUAUAGAAAUAAAAAUAACAACAUUGUUACUUAAAUAAAUUGUAAAUUUAUUUGAUAACAGAUUGGCCCAGAUGCUUUCCUGUUACAAAAAUAUAGGACUGUCUGUUUUGAUGGUACAAGCAAAUUUUUAAUUUGUUCUUGUACUCGAGAGACUGAUGCAUCUUCAUAUGCUUACAGUAACUGCUUGGGUUGCUAUAGUCUGUAGAACAUAUGGAUAACCAAUAAUUGACUUUGCUUGAC